CGGGGUCGAGGGGAAAGAAAGAAAGGAGGGUGAGGACCCGGAUGCUGAACCGGAUUGUGUAUGAAUUUUCCAUCCUCGCUGGAGAAGGGGAGGAGCGGUGGGUGACACAGUAGGGCGGAAGGGUGCAUCCGAACCGAGAGGAAGCAGGAACCUCACCGGCCCUGCGGGCUCCGACUAGCAGAGGAGCGCCGGGAAGCGCUUUGGCCAAGUCUCUGCUAAAAAUCUGCCUCGAAGUUAUUUAAAUCCGCUGCCUGUAGCUCGGGCAGUUUUGUUCAGAUCAGCUUUGAAGUUUAAAAACAAUGGAGAAGACUCAAGAAACAGUCCAAAGAAUUCUUCUAGAACCCUAUAAGUAUUUACUUCAGUUACCAGGUAAACAAGUGAGAACCAAACUUUCACAGGCAUUUAAUCAUUGGCUAAAAGUUCCAGAAGACAAACUACAGAUUAUCAUUGAAGUGACAGAAAUGUUGCAUAAUGCCAGUUUGCUCAUCGAUGAUAUUGAAGACAACUCAAAACUCCGACGUGGCUUUCCAGUGGCACACAGCAUCUAUGGAAUUCCAUCUGUCAUCAAUUCUGCCAAUUAUGUGUAUUUCCUUGGCCUCGAGAAAGUCUUAACCCUUAAUCACCCAGAUGCAGUGAAGCUUUUUACCCACCAGCUUUUGGAACUCCAUCAGGGACAAGGUCUAGAUAUUUAUUGGAGGGAUAAUUACACUUGUCCCACUGAAGAAGAAUAUAAAGCAAUGGUGCUGCAGAAGACAGGUGGACUCUUCGGAUUAGCAGUAGGUCUCAUGCAGUUGUUCUCUGACUACAAAGAAGAUCUAAAGCCACUGCUUAAUACACUGGGGCUCUUUUUCCAAAUUAGGGAUGAUUAUGCUAAUUUACACUCCAAAGAGUAUAGUGAAAACAAAAGCUUUUGUGAAGAUCUAACAGAGGGAAAGUUCUCCUUUCCUACUAUUCAUGCUAUUUGGUCGAGGCCUGAAAGCACGCAGGUGCAGAAUAUCUUGCGUCAGAGAACCGAGAAUGUAGAUAUUAAAAAAUACUGUGUACAUUAUCUCGAGGAUGUAGGUUCUUUUGAAUACACUCGGAGUACUCUUAAAGAGCUUGAAUCUAAAGCCUAUAAACAAAUCGAUGCACGUGGUGGGAACCCUGAGCUCGUAGCCCUAAUUAAGCACUUAAGCAAAAUGUUCAAAGAAGAGAAUGAAUAAUAUUAAGCCAUUUCCAGUUAGACCUGGUAGCUUAUUGCAGUUGACUAUUUUUUUGUCUUUUAGCCUAUCACUUUUAAAAAUUUGGACCGAGCUGUCACUCUCCACAAACCGAGUGAAUAGGGGUGAUGUGAAUGAGGUGGUUUCGAUUUAGAACCCCUUUGUACAGAUAAUCAUCAUAGUACAAAGUUGAAAGAAUCAAAACGAGCCACAUUUAAGUAGGUCUGAUUUGAAUGUCAGAAUGUGCUAUGUCUGGACCUUAUGGACAACUGCCACAAAUGUUCUGUUGAUUCUGUCAAUAAAGAAGACUUCAGCUUCCAGGAA